AAAAUAUGGUGGUCGAAUUCGUUUCUCAGGAAGUGUUUUCAUAAGUUCAUUUUUUAAAUCAAUAGUAAUCAAUUGUAAACGCUUUCACGAUGGCAGAAGCAGCUGUAGAAGACAGACCGCCACAAAAGUUUUAUUGCCAUAUGUGUAAUGUUCAAUUUCAAAAUGCAUCAGCGAAUUUCACAUGCCCCCAUUGCUCCGAUGGCUUUAUAGAAGAACUACAGGAAACUUCAGAGGAUAAUGAAGAAAUGAUCGAUGUGGAAGACUGGGUACACGAAGAUAUGAUGGACAACUUAAUGAGUCAGAUGCCACUCAAUGUAGUAGAGGAACGCCGACCUAGGACUAGAUCAGAUGGAGCACAACCAUGGCGAAGGUACCUAAAUCGUUCCAGGACGCUUAGACCCAGGUCGGAAAAAUUCAUUAUAACAACGCUUACAAGAAUAGCCUCAUCAAAUUUAAGGCAAAACGUUUCGUUUGAAAAUAUAUUGCAAGAUUUCAUAGUCAAUUUGGGUGUGGGUGUAAACUUCGGCACUGCGGCCAAUAUGCAGCUGUUUUUGGGAAAUCCUGGAGACUACGCCUGGGGACGUGAAGGACUGGAUGCCAUCGUUACUCAGCUUUUGAAUCAAAUGGAUACAACAGCUAAUACUCCGUACAACGUCCUACGCAGCCUAUUCAAUUCCCAAUCUAGCAAUUCCUCAAGCAAUUCUAGCAACUCUAGUUCAAGUUCUUUCGAAAGCUCUGGCGCUAGAACCAGGUCGAGAUCACAUAGUGAUUCCACCAUGUAACCGUAACAUAGUUUAUUGAUAUUUAAAACAAAAGUGAAAUUCAGUAAUAUAGAAAAGUGCUUGCUUUAUAAAAUUAUGUAAAACAUAUACUUUGAGAUCAAACGGUGGACACUGAAUUACGAACUGUUAGCAAGAACUGAUAAACUUUUCAAAAAACAAUAAAUAAAAACUACAAGUUGUUUCCUUUUAUCUUUCUUAAUUGCAAUUUUAUUUUUUAAUGUUAUGAUCAAAAUAUGGCAGAAGUUAAUUUUGAGCUAUUUCUAACAAGCAUCGUUUAAUAACAAUUUUGUUUUGGUCAGUUCAUUCUACGUGAUGUGUAUUGUCUCUUUGAUCCAAUAAUAACCAUUCGAAUCGAUUUUGGUUCUGUUGGGAAAUAAAAUUCAGACAUGUUUGAGUUUAAAACGUUUUUGUCUGCUUUUCAUCAUCAUUAUCAUAAUUUUUUAAACGCAGAUAUCAUGAUCUGUUUAAAAUCGACGCCAGUGAAUAAGAGUGAAUAAUGUUCAAACUAAUUAUAGAAAAAUGGUCGAAUGUAUUAUUAAACCACUCCAAAUAUUGUAUAAAUAUGUUAAAGAUUCUUUAAACAUUCUCUGUAUACAGGGUGAGUCAUGAGGAACUUUACAUACUUCUACCAUAUGUAGAGUCCCUCAGGAAGCAUAUCAUGUGGCCAGUAAAAAAUGUCAACUCCUCUUCUUUAUUAAUUAACAGGGUGAUUUGUGUAAUUGACCAUUUAUUUCAUUUUACUGUAGUG